GAUUCAAUACAACGUUUGAGAUAGAACGUCUUGCGGCAGCCAUCUUAGCAGCGAGCUUAAUUAGAAACAAACAAACGAGUACAUGGUACACAAAUCCUAUCUCAAGAAAGCCGCGCGGGGUUUGUUAAUAUUAGACAUUCAUAUACUCUCAAGAGAGCUUUUUGACACACAGACACUUUACCAUGCUUGAAUCAAUUCAGUCAGAUCUCACUCAAUGCAUUAACAACCCAGACGAUCCAGCAAAACAAUGCAAGCUAGAAACAACGCUUACUGAAGCAGUAAAGCAAACAGUGACUGAUGCUAACUUUAGAGCACAAACCGGUUGCUCGCCCGAUUUCUGGCGUAUAGCAUGUCUUGCAAUGCCUGAAUUUGCACAAAAACCAACGGCACAAUCGUGUCUUGUCUUACUAUUGAAACUGGUUCGCAACGCCGUUGUUAACGAGGUUGUCAAUCAGCAGCUUGCCAUAGAGUUCGGUGCAUUAUAUGAAAUAGAGAAAAUUAUAAACACCAGGCUUCAAAGCCAUGAUCAAGAAGCUAUCACAGUCAUGCAAAUUGGAACACAGGCGAUCUGCAAUAUGAUGACGGGGAACAGUAUUGCACUCGAGUUUGUAUGGGAGGAAUGGAUGCAGGAUAUCAAUCGAGGGCAUGUUUACAGUGAACUUCUUGGUGUUAACGAUGACGGCGUUGUCACGGCAACCAUGAUCUUGAUAUUGAACUGUAUACGGAAUUCUCGAGAACGAUGUCAAGCCAUGGUCAAGGCUAAACCCGGUAGAGCCAUGCUAAAUGCCAUUCUUGAUGACCUCGAACGGUUACAUAGCGAUGAGCACAAUAAAAAUUUUGAACUGGGAUAUUCUAUUAUCAGUCAGUUAAUCGAUUAUGGUCACUUCGUCACUGUGUACCGCAACAUUGAAGACACAAGUGAGCAGAUGAAUGGUCGACUGACCAUGCUGAUUAAAGUGAUUGAUUCGAAGAUACAUGCGUACAAGGAGAAGAGCAACGGACUUCCUCAAUAUUUGGGUCAUGUCGAGCUGAAAACGAUUUCCGGUUUAGUACGACAAUUGUGUCAGCGCGCUGUUUUUGUCAUGGAACAAGUAAUCGAGGGACAAGCACCACCCUCAGCACUUGAAAUCGAUGAUGUAUCUGAAGUGUAUACUACACUUGUCCUGGUUUUACAAACAGCAUCAACACUAUUGACGACAAAUGAAGACGGCCACGCGGAUUUCAAAGAGAUGUUAUCAGAAGACAAUGUAAUGCAAGCUGUGACAGAUCUGUUAAGUCGGUGUGAGACCAUGGAUCAAAAUAAGCAGCCUGGGUUCAAUUACCUGAAACGCGACAGUGUUCGAUUGCUGGGAGCAUUGUGUUAUGAAGAUCGUCGGAUGCAAGACAAGAUACGUGAAAUUGGAGGAAUUCCACUAAUUUUAGCACAAUGCAAAAUUGAAGACGCCAAUCCAUACCUGCGGGAAUACGCUAUACUGGCCAUUCGCAACAUUCUCAAGGACAACCCUGAUAACCAGGCCCUGAUUGCUCAAAUGGAACCCAAAGAAGCUGUACAAACAGACGGACUAUCGGAAAUGGGUCUCAAAGCCAAACUAGUAGAUGGCAAAGUUAAAAUUGAAAAAGCAUAGUAUUUCAUCAUAAUUUUCACGAUAAACCCAUUGGGAUUCCUUUCAUCAUUUA